GCCGUAGGGUAUGAUGGGAUACCCCGAGUACCCAUCGAGUUUGGAUUUUACACAUAAUUCCCCCGUCGCCCCGGGAAUCCAGUCUGGAAUGAAUUUCGGGGGAAAUGAGCAGGGGGCAGAUGGGAAGUCUUCCUUCUAAUUUGUCAAGACUACGUUUCAGCUACGAAGACUAAAAAGCCGAAUUACUGGUGAUUCGCAGUCAUAUACGAACAUCUUUCCCUCGUUUUCUGAAAUUUAGAACGGUGCUUGCGAUUUACUAUUUUCAAAAAUGUCGCAAUUAUCAAAGUAGUGAUUUUCGUAGUUAGCCGAGUCGCUCACUUAGUUAAAACUUCUUUGCCCAUUCUACUCGAACCUUUACUCCCUUUUUCAAUAACAUCACUUUUAAUCGUUUUUUAUAGGUGCACCAACGGCAAAGACAGUGAAACCUGAUGGCAUUAUACUGGAAUGGUUGAACGAUGAUCAGGGCUCAGAAGUCGUGAGAAAUUACAGACUCUUAUUUCAGAGCCAAGAUUCAGACAUUUGGAAGGAAAUCAGUACAAGCGACAGCCAGAAACAAAUAUUGAUCGAAAAUCUACCGUCAGCAACACCGUUUCGGUUCAAAGUCCAAUCAGUUGAUAAAAUUUGUCUCAGUGCAUUUAGUGAUGUUAGCGAAUGGAUAAGCACGGCACAAGAAACAGAACUGUCUGACGAAGUAAAAAUACUCGUAGCUAACUUGAAAUCGAACACAGCUGGGGUUGGUAGACUAGCCGGAUAUGACAUGACAUUAACACUCGAAAAAAAUUUAUCGUUGUCUGAAGCAAUAGCUAUUCGUAAUGGGCUGAAACUAAAUUCAAAUUUGGAAACGCUGGAGAUUAAACCGAAAGAUAUCUCGAUGGAAUGUCUGGAAGAGGUUGUCGCAUCAUUAAAGACAAAUAACAAUAUAUUUGGAAUUGAAUUCAGUGGAAGUGGACCAAUCUGUACACAAACGUUGCUUACAGCCAGAAGUGCUCAAUAUCUUAGUAACCUAAUCGAAACAACGAGAACGGGCGUGAUCUCACUUAGAGGAAGAAAUAUUGAUGACCAGUGGGCAGUUUUAAUUGCUACAACACUUAGACGGAAUCAGUCAGUGGAAAAUCUAGGUCUAACAGAGUCUCAGAUAGGAGACGAAGGAGCUAAAGCCUUGGGUAAAAUGUUGGCAGUGAAUCGAACCGUGAAUUUUCUUGCUUUGAAUAGAAAUCAAAUUACAGAUAUGGGAGCUAAAGCUUUAGCCCAAGGACUGAAGCAAAAUACAACAUUAAAAUAUCUCUAUCUAAAUGAAAAUGUUGUCUCGGAAAUGAGUGAAGGUGGAAGAGCAAUUCAAGAAGCCAAGAGUGAAAGAUUGGCCGUUUAUUGGACCAGCAGAUAG